CAUUGAACACAGCUGUUGCUGUGAACUCACUACAUGGCAGCUGUAAAUGUCAUUGAAUAUCAGUGAAGUUGAAACAGCUCUCUCUGUUCUUUUGCAGGGUUAUUGUUUCUCGUGGCUUCUAGAAUAACACAGGUCCAGACCAAGUCAGAGGAGAAUGUUUCCUUACCAGGAAAACCUGCCACCUCGUAUAGCCUGAGGUCCAGGGUGCCUUUGGGAAAUGCAGCAAACAAACUGAACAUCGCCAAAGGAAUUAAACAAAUAUGGGUGUCCAUGUCAAACCAGCUCAAUGUAAGCAGAGCGCUACUUAAAGUGACCAUGUUAUUUCAAAGAAGGACAAGGAGAGCACUGGGGCUGGCAACUGUGAUCUUGUCAGACAGGCCAAGGCCAUUCCAGCUGCCCCUGAGUAGCCUCAGAGCCAAGAGACCACUUGGGUCGAGGGGCUCAAUGUGCCACAGGCCUUCUCACAUGCCCUGCUCAACAUCCCAGAUGUGGACUCUGCAAAUGCAGGCGCCUCCUCGCUGUGCAGUGACUAUGUGAAGGACUUUUACGCUUAUCUAAGGAAACUGGAGGUUUUUAAAUUGGACUCAUCUCAACUCUCUUGUUCUGAGCCUAAUUAAAUUUAAUGUGAUUUUUAUUUAUUUGGGUUGUCAAGAAGCAGCAACACCUGUUACUUUUUCACUACGUUAACCAUUAUUAUUCAAGAUCGUGUGUCUUGCCACAGACCCCUCUCUUAAUGUCUGACCGGUUGCCAUGGCUAUCAACCCUAUCUGGAGGGUUGUGAUGUGACUGGGAGCAUGUGGAGUAUUCUAGUUGACUGGCUGGUACAUGUCCAGAGGCAGUUGACUGCACUGUUGGCAUCAGCUUUCUCCAGGUAUGGCUUGUUUUUCCUCUGAUGGUCAGAUACAUUUAUUACUUAAAAAAAAGUGUUUUCUCUUCUGCUCGAGACUAUCCAGUGCCAAAGAAGUCUCUGCAACUGGUUGGUGUCACUGCGAGGCUCAUCGCUUACAAGUACGAGGAAAUUGCUCCUCCCAUGGUGGAGGACUUUGCCCAUACAACAGAUUUAACAUAUUCCUGUGCUGAGAUACGCUUGAUGGAAAUGACCAUUCUGAAAGCCUUGAACUAUGAAUUGGGAUGACCACCACCAGUUCACUUUUUAAGGAGAGCCGCCAAGGUUGAAGAGCCAUAUUGCAACAAUGAUAUUGCAGGCCAGUACGAUUUCUUCCAGCUUCUGCCUGUUGGUUAUGGGCUGGCUAAAUACCUGCUGGUGCUGACCCUUCUGGACUAUGCCUCAGUUCACCAUCCCUUACCUUCAUGAUUCUGCUGGUUAUGAAUGGACCCCAGCCCUGCAGCACUACAUGGGCUACACAGAGGUCUCUCUGCUACCUGUGAUGCAAUGCAUUGCCAAGAUGCUGGAGUGCUUGAAUGAUGGCAACAAACAGUUGUCAAUUAAGCAGAAGUAUGAAAACGUCAAGCUACUCCAGGUCAGCUGUCUCCCAGAGCUGGCAUCUACCAGGGCUUACGCCUACAUUAACAAACUGGCCAACUGUCACUGUUGACACAUUAUUUACCCCAUGUUUUUAGCUCUUUAAAAAAAAAAAAGUUAAGUCUUUAGUUUUCAAUGGUUUGUCUUGAUUUUAAAAAGCAAGAUUAAUAUGUGAUAUGUUGUCAUGGUAUUGGUAAAAAAAAAUACUGCUAAUGUGGGCUGUUGCUGUGAUGUGUCUCCAUCUAAAGGAAAUAAGACUUGUCUGCGCACUGAUUGCAAAGUCAAUUAGUUUACUACAUGAUCUCAAUGUGUCUCUGAUGGGGGAGCAGACCUUGGAGAGACUUAGUUUUCUUCUCUCUCUGCCUGUUUGUGGUGAUGCAGUUCCAUUCAUUCCAUUGUCCUCCAAGUAAUGCUGAAUCGCCCCUAUACUUCGGUCUGCUCCGCAAUUCAUCCAUCUUGGUUGGAACGUGAGUUAGCGGCAGUGAUCCUUUGGCAAUGCAGUUCCAGACAAGUACACAAAGAAUGCAAUUUACAAAGUGUGAUAGUGUCGGAGUUAAAGUUUUCAUUAAAUAUGGGUUCUUAUAGAUUAUAUUCAUUACAGAUUUUCCCCUCUGUGGAAGCAUAGCCCAAUACUCUUCUCUAAACUUUUAUGUAAGGGAGGGAUUUGUGGAGAGAUGUGUGCCUGCACUAACCUCUCUCCUCACUGUUCAUUUGCAAUGCAUUUGCAAUGCUUCAAUGACCAUCUGGAGAUGAAAGUGGUGUAGUUUGCAUGAGCAGGGCAUUUUAACCUUAAGUCCAACUACUGUAAUUGAACAAUCCUUGGUCUUGCAUAAGAGACACAAGGAACUCCCAUGGUACUGAAUGAAGGCAGCCUACCUGUACUUCACAUGAUUCUCAUCCACAUUAUAAAUCAUUGAAGGAGCCUUUUUGGCCUUGUGGUUGUGUAGUCUACAGUUUGUCAUUGUACUUCAUUUGUACACUAGUUGGCACUGUAUGAUGGGUCACUAGGCACACAGGUGUCCAGGAAGUAGGAAUGCACAGGUAUGCAGUUCUUAGUAUGCUCGCUGUUUGCACCUUGGAACAAUGAUAUGCUCCUACAGUAAUCAGGUCUGCCUGUAUGAAAUGUAUUUUUAAAUUAUAUUUUUUCUCUUUUAAAUGGGCAAAAGACCCAUCCAAUAUCUACCACUAAAUAUCAGCUUUGCACGCAUUUUAAACAUGUGUAAUCCCACUUGUUAGUGGCUCAGGGACUUUUGACUAAGUUAUCCACUACAACGGCAUGUUAUUGGGGAACAAAUAAGGAAAAUGUAAUGACCUCAGGGAUAUUACAAGUAAAACCAAGCAUUCAGUAGGCUAAAUUAACAGUCCAGUAGGUGGCAGUGAUUGUUCUCCGGUAUGAGGACAGGGAAACGUAUCCCACGCUUGCAAAAGCGCUCUCCCAUGUUGCGUAGCGGAGAGGACUCGCCACAGCCAAAGAGCGCUCUGCUGUGAGAGCGAAAGUGUCAGAGUUGCGGUAGCUCAGAAAGUGCAUGUGGCUGCGUUCGUCAGUGGACACUGCGCUGACCAAGAGGAGUAGGAGCUGGAUAAACAUUUCAGAAGCCAGUCGAGGUGACCUAUAGAAAAACAACGCACAAGAAAACAGGAGGUUAUUGUCAGGAAAGGUGCAACGAAAUAUUUAAAUAGACUUGUGAGCAAUGCACUGGCAGCAUGGCCAGAUGGUUCAGGGAACACCUAGGAUUCAAAACUACCAAAGCACCACCUCCGGCGCCCCCGAAACCAGACUACAGAUAUUGUCACGCCGCUGUGACCGGUACGCUUGGCUACCAACAACCAAGCUCCGGGGCCACCUCUCUCUAUCCAAGCCCCGCACAGCCGGACAUUCUUGCUGCUUACAAACUACAAAAGGAACUGGACUUCGAAGAUCCGUACACGGGAGGAGGAAAUAUUUCGUUUGGAACUGGUCUGGGCUCUGGGGGAUCGCCGGACAUAAAGUAUGUGUCACCAAAGCACCGGCUAAUAAAGGUGGAAACAAUCGAGAAAAGCAACUCUGCUCCGGGCAGCGGUAUCAUAGCCCAAGCUGUUGCUGUUGGGAACGUUAAAUCUCCCACGUCACCGCCUCCUGAAAAUGAGAAUAAAGAAAAGCUCAUUAUCCUGGAUGACUAUGCAGACCCGUUUGAUGCGGAGCAGGACGGGGGGACCCAGGCCACCACAGAGAAGGUGACCCAGGCCAGCACAGAGAACGAUGGCUACAUGGAGCCCUAUGAGGCCCAGAAGAUGAUGGCAGAGAUCCGCGGUGGCCGGGGGCCUAAGGAGGGGUCACUGAGAUCGCUGCCCCUGUACGACACGCCCUACGAGCCAGCUGAGAACGGAGGGGACUCGGACGGCGAGCGUCCCCGCUGCCCCAGAGAGAGUCGGCUACCGCAGGACGACGAGAGGCCCCCGGAGGAGUACGACCAGCCCUGGGAGUGGAAGAAAGAGCGCAUCUCCAAGGCUUUCGCAGCUCUGCUCUGUUCUGACUGCAUUAGCUACAAGGGCUCUGUAAGUGGCAGUGGAUCAGAACCAGAGACAAGGAUGGACAACACCUCUAAAUCCCUCACAGUCCAGUUUGAAGGGGCGGAGAAGUCCAGAAUGUCGCCCACCAGGGAGGGUAAAGGAGGGCGUCCGCCCCGCAUCCACUCCAGUUGCUGUCUGGUCAACACCAAGAUGAGCUCUCUGGACCACUGCAGUGCUGCUCUGGGGGAACGCAUUGACCCCUCCAUGUCCCUGGAGAGCCAAUUCUGGUACCAUGGAGCGAUCAGCAGGACAGAUGCGGAGUCUCUGCUGAGGCUGUGUAAAGAGGCCAGCUACCUGGUGAGGAACAGUGAGACCAGCAAGAACGACUUCUCCCUCUCACUCAAGAGUAGCCAGGGCUUCAUGCACAUGAAGCUGUCGAGGACGAAGGAGAACAAGUACAUCCUGGGUCAGAACAGCUGUCCCUUCGACAGUGUCCCCGAGAUCAUCCACUUCUACUCCAGCCGCAAGCUGCCCAUCAAGGGGGCCGAGCACAUGUCCCUGCUCUACCCAGUGGCCAUCAGGACACUAUAGUGACACGUCCUUCCCCAAAGGUCACACAGGGGUCAGGGGUCAGAUGCCCUCUCCUGCCACCUCCCAUGGGAAAUCCUGUCGCUCUGCCUUUCUCCUUCUGUCUGAUUGGUCUGAAGGACAGAGUUCAAGUUGGCGGAAGAGGCAGGGAUGAUGAUGAUGAUGAUGAUGAUAACACAGCUCACCUGUCAUCACCCACCUGAUCCCAGACCAGCUAUUAACUUUUUGUUUGUACUUGCUACAACAUUAUCAUUGCAUCAUUGACUGACACAUUAUCUGCUGACGAGCAUUGUUUCACUGAUCCCACAGCUGCUUCCUCAACAGUACCACUCUGUACCAAUCUCCUCCACACAAGACCUGUUCGUAUUGGAUUUGGCUCCAUGUUAUGCUGAAAGUGUUUAUUUAGUGAGGGGAAGCUAAAGAUUGUAAUGCCCUUUAUAAAGGAAGUGGGGAAGGCACAUUAAUGUAUUGGAGUUGGGUUAUAUAUGGGCACUCUACAGUGGCCGGCAAACUCAAUAAACCUGCCCUGUGUGAAUACUUUCCCCAUCAGUGCAACAACAGUUUAGUGUUUAAGUGCUAUAAGGUCUACAGACUGACGUCUCUGUCUAUUCCCGGGACUGUAAUUUCUGAUAUCCUUCACCACGGGUGUCCCAUUGGUAGGACAGUGUAAGUACAGCUCUGGUUUGACAGUCAGCAGACUGAUAGAUGGAUAACUAUGUUACACAGCAGUAGCACCAUUGGCUAAAUGAGCCAGAGAUGGGUGCCUAGUCUCAAAAUGGGCUAAAUUACCUUCCCAAUCUGCCAUCAUCUUUGUAUGGGUAGAAUGGAAUAUGCCUGCAUUGUCUACCUCAGAAAAUCAAUUUCAUUCGUGAAUCUGCAGAUCAAUAGGUACAAUGGGAUUGCAGAUAUUGAUCCAACCCCCACCAUGCAACUCCGAUUCCCAACAAAUUGCAUCUAUGGUUUAAGAAUAUGUUUUUGCAUAAACCAGUCAAUCA